GCUUGAGGCGUAAUAGUGCUACAAUCUGAGAACAAACAGAACGUUAGACUAUCGCAUUAGGACAGUUUUACUUUGCAGAUUUAAAUUUUUUGUCAUAACAAAACUUAAGUAAAUAUUAAUAUUUAAAGGUGUUUGAAAAUCUUUUACAAAACAAAAAUCUUUUAAGAAGAGAAAAGUUUUUUUUAAAGACGACAUUUAUGUUAUUUUCACGCGUGGACAUGCACUAAGACACUAAGGUUAUAUUCAACCAGUGAAAAGUGACCGAUUUCAGUGAAUGUAUACAUGAAAGAAGAGGGCAUGGUAGAGAAAUCUAACCUCUCCCUGUCUGAGGGGGGAUUUGAGACCUCUCACUACUAUGGCACUGAUUCACACUUUGAUCAUCAUGCUGGAAGCAGGACUAUGCCAGUCCUUAAUAAGUUUGAAAGUCAAAGUUUUUGUGCUGGUUGUGGAAUACGGAUACUCGAUAGGUAUUACUUACUGGCUGUAGAUAAACAAUGGCAUGUAUCGUGUUUAAAGUGCUCAGACUGUAAAAUACAGCUAGAUUCUGAGCUCACCUGCUUUGCAAGAGGAGGGAACAUAUUUUGUAAGGAUGAUUACUACAGACGUUUUGGAGUAAAAAGAUGUGCGCGAUGUCAUCAGGGUAUUGCAGCAAACGAACUUGUUAUGAAAGCGCGGGAAUUGGUCUAUCACAUCAACUGUUUCACGUGUUCAUCCUGUCACAAAGCACUUUCAACCGGAGACCAAUUUGGAAUGAAGGAAAAUCUUAUUUACUGUCGAAAUGACUACGAGUUAUUAUUCCAAGGAGAGUAUUUUCAAAGUUUAACAGACGAUUUAUCUUGUCAUACAGAUGGACAUUUGCCAUUUUACAAUGGUGUUGGGACUGUGCAAAAAGGACGCCCUAGGAAAAGAAAAAACUUACAAGACAACGACCUAUGUCCUCCAGGAAUGGGUUUAGUCCCUGGUGAUGGUCCAGAUAGAGGAGGCGACAUGAUGAGACAGGAUGGAUACUGUAGUCAGCAACCUCCGCGACAAAAAAGAGUCCGAACUUCAUUUAAACAUCACCAAUUACGAACUAUGAAAUCCUACUUUAACCUGAACCACAAUCCUGAUGCUAAAGACUUGAAACAACUUUCUCAAAAGACUGGAUUAUCUAAACGUGUAUUACAGGUAUGGUUUCAAAAUGCUCGAGCUAAACACCGACGAAAUCAAAUGAAAUCAGAUGGAGAUAAACCAGAAAAGACAGACGAUCAAUCGGAGUCGGGAACUAUGGACGACGACAAAAUAAAAGACUCACUUUCAAUGUCGGAAAUUACUGACAGUCAAUCACCAAUGAUGUCGGAUAUCAGUUCUUCACCUUCUUUGUCGGAAUUACAAAGCGUUCAUGUUGAAUCCGACCACUCUACAAGCAGUUUAUCAGACUUAUUUACAAAUUCAAUUAACUCUAUCAAUUGAUAUCCGUCAUGACAAUAUUUCUGUGAAUUUGUGUUUUUAGUGCUAUUUUUACCUCUGUUUAAAUGUUUUAUUUUUAUCUGUUAUGUAACAUGUUUAAUUCAUGAUAUCAAGAUCCAUAUUUCAUUUAUCCAAUACUAAAAAUGGAGAAAGGUACACUUAUUUAACUUGCAGUAGAUAUUUUUUUGUGAAUGGUUCUUACUUUUUCCAUUUUCUUUUUCUUAUUUUUUUAUGAAUGUUUUAAACAUUGUUGGAAGUUUAGUGUGAAUGACAUCUCAUUCAAGAAACUAAUUAGGUUAACAAUAGUAGGAGGACCAUUACUUUCUUUUGCACCUCGUUUUCGUCAAAGAACAUUUUAGAGGGAAAAUGUCAGAGUUUAAGCGCCAUAGUAAAACCCAUUUACGCGCCAUUUUUUUACCCUGUUUUAUUGAAAAGUAGAAUUAGCAAUGCCAAUUUUAGCCACAAAUUAAUCCAUAUUUUCCUUCAUUUCAACAUGAAAUAGUAUAUUAAUAAUAAAUAUUUGUCUAUCACCACAAUGUAAACUGUCAUGUCCAGUAAAAUGCACUACACUGAAAGAAUUUACAUCUCGAAUUUUAGUUCUUUUUGUGAACUCAACUGUUGCAAGUUCUCAUUUAGUCUAGCCUGGAAAAAAGACUACAAUACUAUGGAACAGAUUACUUAAAGUAUCGAACGAUUUAUCCAUGAAAAUAUUUCUGUGCACGUUAUAAUAUUUACUGAACAUGUCCGUGCUAAUUCCUGACUUUUCAAUACUUUAUCGAUACCAUACCUGUAUUCGUCACAUAUUGCACUUUUCUUUCCGUGAUUUGUUUCAAACAUUCAGUGUUUCACCAAAUCGCAAAUGCAAACAACUUUAAUAUCAAACCAUCACAAACAAUUGUUCACGGUGUAAGUAUGGGCUUUUCCGCUAAAUUGAGCUAUUGAAAUGCAAGUGAACGGAUAAAUCUGGCGCUAAAAUGGGAAAACAUUUCCCGACUUUGUAGUUUUGAAUUUUCUCUCAAUGUCCUGCGCCCUUUGUUUUGGCAGUAAGUAUCCAACAAUUUGUAGUCCCAAUUGACCACUUUUUAGUCAAUUCCUAUCAUUUUACUAGUUACAAAUGUUCCAGAUGUCUGUCAUACUCCCUUUUGUAUUCUUAUUAUAUAUAUAUCGCGUAAAAAUCGACAAUGAUAAUGUUUGAAUCCCACUCUUUUCAAGGUUGAAUUCCAUCACUUGUUUUAAUCUGUUUUAACAUGUAACGUUAUACUUUAUUCAAGUAAUAAGUUUGUGAACACACCUUUUUAUGAAACUAUAAUAUAUUUUGACUAUAAAUUUGCUGCAGUUAUAUUCUACCCAAUAACCUAACCUAGGUCAAACUAUACAAAUCCUUGGUCAAACCUAUCCAAACCCUUUUAGUUAUACUAGGAUAAUGGAGAAAAACUAUUUAACUUGCUAAAUGUGUGUAAUCGUUACGUAUGCUUUAAAGGCCUAAUAAAAAAUGUGUGUUUCUGCUUACUCUACAUCUGCCCUUAAAUUUUUUUUGUCCUUUUUGAACAUACACUACUACAUUCAGACUGCUCCCCUGUUUAAACCAGUCAAAAACUAUAAAAAAAAAAAUGCCUACCUACCUAUCCUAAUUUUUUUCCAGCAUAUUAUCGGAAACACAAGUAUUUUUUAUUAGGUCUAGUUAUAAUUUAAAUUAUUUGUUUUGCAAAAAAUAGGUAUGACAAUCAUGAAACAUAUAGAAUGAAGCGAGGAUGAUAGUGUAUUUUUGUUUAUAUAUCUAUGUUCAUUAGUCAUCAGGACAAUGGUACGUUUAAAAUGAAAUUAAGAUGUAUCGUAUAUUUUGUUGAAUUUUAUAAAUAAAUGAAAAAAUCUUA